AUGGAGUGUAAAUGGUUUAAGCCCCUAUUAUUGGUUACUACAGCUGCUACACUAGUUUAUUCUCAACAACCCGCACCAAACGGGCUGUGUGAUGGUGUUACAAGUAAUUCCUUUGUGGCCGAUCCUGAGGAUUGUUCCAAAUUUUAUCAGUGUAAUGGAGACACAUUCAUUCACGGCGCAUGCCCAAAUGGAAUGUUUUAUCAUUCCAAGGAUGUAUGUAGCAUAGAUUCAUCGGACUGCGAAAGUAUAACUCCAUCUGUUUCAACAACAACAUCAACGGAAACUCCGUUAACAACACAAGCUGUAUUUUCCACCGAAUCAUCGCCCAUGGAUAACACAACUGACCCUGAAGAAUUUUGCCAGACUAAGGAUCCAAAUUUACCGAGCUUUGUGAAAAGUCCUACCGACUGUUCAGAGUAUUACAUCUGUGUCGAUCAUAAACCAAUCCUCCAAAAGUGUGCUGCUGGGAGAUAUUGGAACCCUGUACUACUUUACUGUGACGAUCCGGAAGUAGUUCCAUGUGAACAUGAUCGUAUACUCGAUCCCGAGGAGGUGUGCCAGCAUAGCCAACUUAAUGAUAUUUCUUUCACUGGCAGUCCCACGAGUUGCGGAGCGUACUACAUAUGCCUCAAACAGAAACCUUUCCUUAUGCAGUGUGCUCCUGGCAGUUAUUGGAACAGUGAAACAAAUCAUUGUGAUGUUGCAAAUAUUGUUAAAUGCAAGGUAAAAACUCCCACACUUAACGACCUCGAUUCACUCUGUAUCAAAAGCAACGACACAUUUAUAAGUCAUCCUGCAUACUGCGAUUUGUACUUGUUUUGCCGGAAUGGUAAAGCGUCUACUCAACGGUGUCCUUUCCUUACCGAUUGGGACACGAUCAGUGCACGCUGCGUUUCACGAAACCUGAUCAAAUGUACCAAAAAUCGUCUACAUUAG